GUUUGACCACGUCGACAACAUCUUACACACACCAAUUCCCAUCCCUCACACCAAAGAAAUUUGGCCACAACCAACGUGCUCCCACUUCGUCCUCAUCGAUUGUUCCUUCUCCAUCCCUUGUUGACAGUCACCCCUCGUCCCAAAAUAUCCUAUUCACCAUGCAGCGACAACCAUUCGCUCCACCCCAGAAGUCCCCCGAACUAUUUCACCCCCGACCUCAGCACAUCUCUCAAGUACCUAUGAUGAGGUCUCCUCCACCACCUGUCUCUCAGCAAGGCUCGCAACCCCAGGUUAACAGCUAUGGAAACCCCUAUCCCCAGCAGGGGCCAGGCCAGAGCUUUGGCUUCAUCAAUGACCCUACUGCUCAAAUGGGUUUCCAGGUGGGCAAGCAUGCAUUCGACGCUGGUCAGCAGUAUAUGGAGCAGAAUAUUAAUCGAUACGUCUCUGUCUCCGCCCUGAAACACUACUUCAACGUCUCAAAUUCCUACGUCGUUCGGAAACUUCUCAUAGUCUUGUUUCCUUGGAGACAUAAGCCCUGGACCAGACAACAGUCGAGAAUGACUACCUCCUCGACGAGCUCCGAUGGAAAUAUUGCUCAACAAUCUUACUCCUUCAACUACCUCCCUCCCCGCGAUGACCUCAACUCUCCAGACAUGUACAUCCCAAUCAUGGCACUGAUCACAUAUAUCCUGCUGUCAACGGUUCUAGCAGGUAUUCGUGGCUCCUUUCACCCCGAGCUACUCGGCAGUAUCACCAGUACUGCUGUAGCCGUUGUUGCUAUUGAGAUUGUCGUCAUCAAAAUUGCCAUGUAUUUUUUGGCAAUCACCAAUGAUUCCCAACUUCUUGACCUUGUAGCCUAUUCCGGUUACAAGUUUGUUGGUGUAAUAGUCACUCUCUUCCUCAGCGAACUGUUGACCGGCGGAAAAGGCACAAAUAACUGGGCUGGAUGGACUCUGUUCCUAUACACCUGGUAUGCCAAUGCGUUCUUCUUGCUUCGUUCGCUCAAAUAUGUACUUCUCCCGGACAGCUCGAACGACCCUUCGGCCAUCCCAAGGAAUGGGGGGCAGUCCUACACAAUAGCCAGAACGAAGAGAAACCAACGCACAUAUUUCCUCGCCAUCUACGCCUUCGUCAUCCAGAUGUUGUUCAUGUGGAUUCUGUCCCGAGAAGAAUCGGCUGUCAAAACUGUGGCCAAUCGAAUAACGAGUCCCAAACCAUAAGGAUCCUUUCGGUUUCUAGUCACUGCAUUCGCAAUGUUCAUGCAUGAAACUGCAGCCAAUGAUGAAUGAUGAGGAUGAGUCAGAAGACUAUUUACUACGACCCUCGACAAGGUUUGCGCUGUGUGCGGUUGCAGACUUAUUGAGGUGGCCGACCACACCAGCAUGGACUGCUCGCUACGUGUUAUGUUCGGAGCGAAGCUUAUCGUUAAAGUUCAACAGGUGAACUGCAGACACGUGAUGAAGCCUGACAUGUCAUGGCGUCGCAGAUAAGGGACCAGCAAUAUUUGUCCAUUUCAUGAGCAAAGCAUCAAUCAGCGCGAAAACCGACAUGGGUAUUCACUGUUGUCUUUUGCUCAUAAUCACAACCGAACCCUUAAGAAUUGAGGCCCCGACCAGAUCUUUCGCAAAUUCUUUCAGCGGUCUUCUCGAUAAUCACAAAGACUAGCGGCACAAAAGAUGGAUAUCCUUGAAUGGCGUCAAGAGGCUCGAACUGGCCGUUCCCAAUGCGGUUUGUCAUUGACAGAUGCUAUGCUGAAACACGAAUACGUUGGGUUCUGUAUCGUCAAAAGGAUCGAUAGUCAUGAACCUCUCUAAAAAUAGGGGAGCGUACCACGACUGUCAACACGGUGUAAGACGUGGUAGUCUAUGUUGUCUUUCACGGGCACUUUGCGGCAUCUGCUCAUCAAAGAUGAGAACGGACAUGCUUCUUCACACUGGUCCACUCUGAGAAAAGCGAGGUGAACGAAUUGACAAUGUUUAGAAUCGCGGACAAGGCUCCUCUUUGAGGAAUCCGGUAGCGGUCACGAGAGAAGGACGCAAAUGGUGCCAAGAAAUGAAGCUUCCUCUACUUCUAUCGGCCUCGCUUACCAUAUCGGUAUCAUUGAUGCGAAAUCCUUUGCAUUUUCUGCGAAGCACAGUGCAGAACCGAGGGACUCUGUUACGUUGCACCUCUAAGCGUUGUGCAGAACAUGGCAGACUAGUACAGACACUCGGGAAUGAAGAUGCUCUGGCCUUGUGCUUCCGGCUAACUCUUCGGGCCGGCUCUUACGCAGGAGCAAAGCUCCACCAGCGAUGUGCGUCAGUGCUACGUCCCACGUGCGUCGUCUGACUACUCAGGUCAUAUAAUUAGGUUUUUAAAAUGGCAUUUAUAAUGGUAUUGUGUCAGAC